UUCAGACCUCAUUCAUAAUUCAAAAACUCUCUCACUGUUCUUCAGCCACAUUUAAAUUUUCUUUCCGGAGUCACGAUGCUUGCGACACUCAAAUCCGAAGAAUCCAGCGGCCAGUUACAGCUCGUCGAACGAGAAGACAUCGAAGACGAUGAAGACCUCUUCGAAGCUAUCGACAAAUUGAUUGCUCAAGGCAUCAAUGCCGGAGAUGUGAAAAAACUUCAGGACGCAGGGAUAUAUACCUGCAAUGGCUUGAUGAUGCACACAAAGAAGAACUUGACUGGAAUCAAAGGUCUAUCUGAGGCCAAGGUCGAUAAGAUCUGCGAGGCUGCUGAGAAGAUUGUGAAUUUUGGAUAUAUCACCGGAAGUGACGCACUGCUCAAAAGGAAGUCAGUGAUUCGAAUCACUACUGGAAGCCAAGCGCUUGAUGAAUUGCUAGGAGGUGGGAUCGAAACAUUAGCCAUUACAGAAGCGUUUGGAGAAUUCCGAUCGGGGAAAACACAGCUUGCUCACACUCUCUGUGUUUCCACUCAGCUGCCAACUAAUAUGAGGGGAGGCAACGGAAAAGUUGCUUACAUUGACACAGAAGGAACCUUCCGACCUGACCGAAUUGUUCCCAUAGCUGAGAGAUUUGGCAUGGAUCCUGGGGCUGUACUGGACAAUAUUAUAUAUGCUCGUGCCUACACUUACGAGCAUCAGUACAAUCUCCUCCUUGGGUUGGCUGCUAAAAUGUCCGAGGAGCCAUUCAGACUUCUGAUUGUGGAUUCAGUGAUUGCUCUGUUUCGGGUAGACUUUUCAGGAAGAGGAGAGCUUGCAGAGCGCCAGCAAAGACUGGCACAGAUGCUUUCUCGAUUAAUAAAGAUAGCUGAGGAAUUCAAUGUUGCAGUUUAUAUGACAAACCAAGUCAUAGCUGAUCCAGGAGGCGGGGUGUUCGUAACUGAUCCAAAGAAACCAGCAGGAGGGCAUGUGCUGGCGCAUGCAGCCACAGUAAGGUUGAUGUUUAGGAAAGGGAAAGGGGAACAACGGAUUUGCAAAGUGUUUGACGCCCCAAACCUACCAGAGGCUGAAGCUAUAUCCUUUUUUUUUCUCCUCUAAAAAUAAUCUACUCGUUCAGUAAUUACGAAAUUAAUCAAAUCCACCCCAAAUAGUUAUAUGAAUCUAUGAUUGUUAAAAGCAAAGGGACCUUUAUCAUAAUUGUAAAUAACCAAGUCAUAUUAGCUGGAUUUUUAAGAUGGGGGCAAAAACAUCAUUGUAACCAUUGAAAACGGUUGCAAUGCUUUUGAGAAUGAGGCUCUUCCAUCCGCGUGUAUUUUCUUGACAGGGUUACGUGUUCCAGAUAACACCAGGGGGCAUUGCAGACGCUAAGGACUAAAAAGUCGAUUCUAACUCUGGGACGAAUCACAAAAGCGACAACAGUGGCUGAAUAUUUCUAUUAACCUUAAUCUUCCAUAUAUUUGCUCACAGCUUGUAUGAAAAGUGCUGUUACUUAGUAUAUUUCAGUGGCGAGUUUCCCUUAGUUAUAAACGUUCCCUUUAUAUAGCAAGUAGCAAAGAUAUUUUGAAUUUUCAAUAUCUCACAAAC